AUUCGUCACUUUUAUACUGUUGCUGGCCUGAAAGUUCUCGACAUCAUGGUUAAACCUCUUGAAAAUGACCGCUUCGAGAUGUUCUCACCUCUGCCUCCACCACUUUCUCCGGGCAGGGGAAGCGAUGCAUUUGGGAAUGAUGAAGACCCUGGUGAGGUAUCCAAGCUAGCUGAGGUUCCUCCUGCCAAAAGAGCAGUAGUGAAGAGACCCCAGCCAAAGCUGGACUCUCACAGGCUGACGUCUGAAAAAGGCCUUCCAGCUCUACGAACACUUUUUGAAGACGUCCGUUUUAAAGGCAAGGGACAUGAGGCCGAGGACGUGCGUCUGCUGAUGCAGAAGAUGGAGAACUGGGCACACAGGUUGUACCCCAAAUUUCAGUUGGAAGAUUUCAUCGACAAAGUGGAGAAGCUGGGUGCUAAGAAGGAAGUGCAGACAUGUCUCAAACGGAUACGCCUUGACAUGCCGCUGACACGGGAAGAUUUUACCGGUGAAGACGGUCCUGUUGACGCUGAAGUCUCAGGCGAUUCUGAUCCUUACAGCAGUCAAAGCCUCCACGGCGACCUGCACGGGUUAAUCCACUCCACCCCAGCUGCCCCCUCUCUCACAGACGAUCAGCGCAGACGAAUGGAGCUGAACAAGAAGCGGGCCUUGGAGAGGAGAAUUGCCCGCCAGCAACAGCUAACAGACUCACAGACAGACGACUCAUCUUUGCAAGCAGGUGAAUCCUCCAUGAACACAUCAGGGGAUGUUGUCAACCAUUCCAAAAGACAGUGGGAGGAUGAGGUGCCAGCGAGCCAAAUUUCAUCCCUGUUGUCAGGCAAUGCCGCCGGGUCCUCCUCGAUUUUGUUCGAAAAAGCUGUGACUGAGUCUCAGGCAGCCUCAACAGCUAGUAUCAGCAGUUAGGAUGCUGAUUUGUGAUGAAAAAUGUUAACUAUUUUGCUUCUAAUCAUUGCAUUCAAAUUCCGGUUGCUUUAUCAACUCAGUGCUUUUGGUUUAUGUCAAGAGAAGCCACAGUACAUGACAUAUUCAUGUUUUGAAUUUAAAGCUGCUCUUGAGUUAUUAAUGUUCACUUUUGGGAGUGCCUGUAGUUUAGUGCUUUGUCAUAUCAGUCACAGUUCAAAGUUUAGACACCCUACACCCCUGCACCCAUUAUCACGGUUUGCCUUUUACUGGUUAAUUUGUAUAUCACAUUUCAUAUCAGAAUCUGUACAGACCAUUCGUGUAAUUAAAAGACAUCAAACAUUUUA